AUGCUUGAUCCAGGUAAUUGGGAAACAAUUGAUAAAAAACUUGUUGAUUUUUUGGUAGAGAAGGGUCUGGUAAGAGUUGACAAUAUCAUAUUCCCUAGAGAUGACAAGAACGAUUGUUUCUCUAGCUAUCAUUACUUUCGGAAAUUGAGAAAUUUUGAGAAACAAGAUAAAAGAUGGUUAGUGUAUUCGAAAACUUUGGACAAGGUAUUCUGUUUUCGUUGUAAACUGUUCAUGAAAAGGGAAAGUAAUUAUCAGUUGUGCAGUACUGGGUUUAAUGAUUGGAAUAACCUAAGUGGAAGACUCGCAAGUCAUGAAAACUGUGGAGUGCAUCAUCGUUGUAUGUAUGAUUGGCUUGAGUUGGAAUUAAGAUUGAGAAAGGAAAAAACUAUCGACAAAAGAAUACAAGAACAGAUCAACAAAGAGAGAAAACAUUAUAAAGAAGUAUUGGAGAGGAUGAAGGAUGGAGUGUUGUUUCUAGCGAAGAAUGGUUUAGCAUUUCGUGGCGAUAAUGAGAAAGUUUAUACAAAAAACAAUGGUAACUUCUUAAGCUUCAUAGAGACACUUGGAAAAUAUGAUCCCGUGUUAAAGUAUCACCUGGAGAGCAUUGAAAAGAAUGAAAUGCGUACUCAUUAUCUCAGCCACAAGAUUCAAAACGAACUGAUUUCAAUGCUGGCCGAUGCAACGAGAAAGAUUAUUGUCAAGAAAAUCCACGAAGCCAAAUACUUUUCAGUUAUUCUUGAUUCAAGAAUCGAAGAGUAUUAUCUUGGGUUUUUGCGAGUGGAAGAUAAAACAGGAGAAGGUUUAUUUUUUGAACUUGAAGAUGCAUUAAUCAAUCUUGGGUUAAACAUUGAUGAUAUAAGAGUACAAGGGUAUGACAAUGGAGCAAACAUGAAAGGAAAACAUAAAGGUGUGCAGGCAAGAUUACUCGAGAUCAAUCCAAGAGCUUUCUACACACCAUGUGCUUGUCGUAGUCUUAAUCUCAUACUUUCAGAUAUGGCCAACUUGACUAUCUGGUAUAGACUUCUGUUUGCUGUUAAUACUGUGAGUAAGUCAUUGCAAUCUAAAGAUAUGGACAUCGGUGUUGCUAUACAACAAAUGAAAGGUCUUAUUGAGUUUUUUAAAGACUUUAGAGUAAAUGGGUUUCAAAAGGCAAUGGAUGAAGCUAAGGAGAUUGCAAGAGCGAUGGGAACUGAACCUACAUUUCGUGAAGUUCGUAAAACCCGUACUACCGAACCAACAUCAGGUGAGGAGUUUUUUAGAAAAAAUUACUUCUUAUAUAUAGUAGAUAGUGCUAUGUCUUCAUUCCGAACCAGAUUUGAACAAUUUCAAAUGUACGAAGAAAUAUUUGGGUUUUUGUAUGACUUGAACAAGUUGAAAUAUAUGAGUGAGGAUGAAUUGAUGAGUGCAUGUGUUCCACUUGAAGCUUAUUUGAAGCAUGGUAGAUCUAGUGAUAUUGAUGGCAGGGAAUUAUGUAUGGAACUAAUCGUCAUGCGAAUUGUACUACCUAGUUCGUGUAGUAAGCCAAUCGAUGUCUUACAAUUUUUACUAAGAAUGGGUGGUUGUUACCCUAAUGCAUGGAUUGCUUAUAGGAUAUUGCUUACGAUUCCAGUCACAGUCGCCUCCGCGGAAAGAAGUUUUUCUAAGCUAAAAUUGAUUUUCUCGUAUCUUCGAUCAACUAUGUCGCAGGAAAAGACUAGUAGGAUUAUCUAUGUUAGCAAUUGA